AUGGCCUCUAAACCCUCACUCUGGCCGCUAACCACCCUCCUCCACCGCCGCACCGUCUCAACCCUCUCCACAGCCACCACAUACACCCCACCACCCCGAAUCCAUUUCGCAACUCGCCCAAACCCAACCCUCCCCCGCCGCCGCAUAAAAGUCUAUCCGCCACCCCCCGGGCCGCUGACCACGGACCCAAUAUCCGCACUCACGACGGCACAAAUCAAAGCCCUAGACCCGAGUGGGUCCCGCGCGGAGCUCUUCUCCAGGCAGAACCCGCAAGCGAUCCGACCGGGCGACAUUGUCUACGUGCGGCGCAAGAAUGGCGAACCGUUUUCCGGGGUGCUGCUGAAUAUCCGACGGCGCGGCAUUGACACCUCGAUUUUGCUCAGGGACCACUUAACGAAGUUGGGGGUGGAGAUGUGGUUGAAGGUUUACUCGCCCAUUAUCGAUAGCAUUAACCUCGUGCAGCGGAAGGAGAAGAUGGCGAGGAGGGCGAAGUUGUAUUAUAUGCGGUAUGUUGGAGUGUAUGCGGGGGAUUGGGGGAGCAAGACUGAUGAAUUGUGUUUAGGAAACCGGCGCACGAUUUUGGUCCUGUCAGGGGUAUCGUGUCGGAUUGGGUGCGGAAGAGUUACGCUGCGAAGAAGGGUUCGGCGGACAAGGCUAGCCAGAGU